UUAACGAUUACAUUUUGCAAGAUAAUCACACUUUUUCCAUGUUAUGGUCAGCAAUAAACUAAUCUAGAGAUUGGUUCAUUUUCAGUUAUUAAUGUGUUCGCCAUAAUUAUAUUGACAUUUUCAAUUUGACAAGCAUUCGAGUUCGAGCAAAAACAGACUUUUUUUAAGGUUACAUUUGGUUACAAUUACUUUUCAUCUUGAUUGGGCAACAUUGAAAUUGACUAUGAAAACCAUCCUAUUGAUGUUCACUUGAUCAUCAAUGAUCAUCUUCACUUAUCAUGUCACUGAGUGCACAGGCAAGGCCUCGAAGAGGAAGGAUUAUAAAUGUUAAACAGUUGAAAGGCUGUUCUCAAGCAAUUGAUUCAAAGUGACAACAUUCAUCUUUUCCCUUCUCUCUUCUUCAUCUUCCUUCAUAGGGUGGAUAAGUUAAUAUAGAGAGGAGUGGUAAGAGAUGGCGCUAAGCUUCGAUCGUCUGAUAGUCAGAAUAACAAAAAAAGCGUUUUCGGUUUUUGCGCAGCUGUUCCCAACGUUUCUAUACGUAAAUCAUCCUCUUCAUUAACCGCCCUCCUCUUCUUACUUUUUUAUCUUUCUGUUCUUCUUUUCUGUCUCUCUUCUUCUUCUUCUUCUUUUCUCUAUUUCGUCUCAUCUUGUGUCUCUCAAGUGUCUCUUACAAGUUAAACAUUGUCAGUCAACUCAUCCUCAUCAAUCCAGCAAAAACGACGCAAUGUCAAGUGAUGAAGAUGAUCUUCUUAGUGCAAGUGAUUAUGGGAUUGAUGAAAGUGAUGAUGAAUCCAUUUCAUCUUCAUCUACAUUAGUGGAUCAAUUGUCAUUGACAAUGGAAACUCUUCAUUCAAAUGGAUUCCUGGACAAUUUACCCAAAUCUCUUGAACUUCGUCCUCCUCCUCAACUUCAAUCAUCUUGUUCUUCUUCUUCUUUAACCAAUCAAUCUGAUCCAGUUUCCGGUUCACCUCGGUUAGUUACCGUUACAACCAAGGUUGACCUAAGAUCUGGACACAGAUUUGGACCAUUUCCGGGUAAAAUAACCAAAGAUCCGGUUCCACAAAGUUAUAACUGGAAGGUAACCGAUAUUGGAAGAUCUUUGACCGCUUGGCUUCAACUCAAUGAUUUUGAUUCACUUAAAUGGAUAACCUGUUUCCGGUGUGCAGAGAGGCAAACGGAUCAGAAUGCAAUAUUACUACUCUUUAGGGGACAAUUAUUCAUUGAAAUACUUAAGGAUAUCCUUCCAGGGAAAGAAUUGCUUCUGGUUUUCAAUGAAGUUCUUCUGAUUACAGAAAAUAAUUCAACCAAGGAUUCAGACAAAAAUGAAGGUUUACCUUUCUUUAAUCUGUUUGGAUUAGGAAGUUCAAUUAAUCAACACCAACUUCUCGCUGCAAUUGCCGCUAAUCUUGCUUUCUCCAAUUUACCAGCAACAAGAUCGGUUGAUCAUCGUUCUUCUGGAGCAUCAUUUUCGGAAGAUUCAGUUGAAAAUUUAUCAUCUUCUUCUGCUCUCGACAGCAGUUCAUGUGGAGCUAAACACAGUGAAUUAGGUGGGAUCCAUACUUGUAACCAGUGCGGUAAAGGUUAUGGUAACAAGUCAAACUUAAUCCGUCAUCAAGCCUCACAUGAUGAGAAUCGUCGUUAUCUGUGUGAAUCGUGUAAAAAGGGCUUCACUGAUCCGUCCAACCUUCAACGGCAUAUAAGAUCACAACACAUUGGUGCUCGGUCACACGCUUGUCCAGCCUGUGGUAAAACUUUUGCAACUUCAUCGGGACUCAAGCAACACACUCAUAUUCACAGUUCAUUUAAACCCUUUCGAUGUGAAGUAUGUUCAAAAUCGUACACGCAAUUUUCCAACUUGUGUCGGCAUAGACGUAUGCAAGCCAAUUGUCGAUCACAAAUAAAGUGUACAAAGUGUGGUCAAGCCUUUUCAACGGUAACUGCACUCUCCAAGCACAAAAAGUUUUGUGAAGGUGAAGGUUGUGAAGAAGCUGGUGAAGAGUUUGAAGACGAAGAGGAUAACAACAAGCAAGGUGCUAAUCCAAUCAAUAAUAACAAUAAGAAUAAUUUAGUUAAAAGUUUAUCAUCAUCAGCAUUCUCAUCGGCAUCAUCCACAUCAUCAUCGACAUCUUCUUCAUCGUCAUCAUCAUCAUCAACCACUACAACAACAUCAAAAACAAUGGAAACUUUAUCAACAGUAAAACGUGAAUCUUCACCCAAACAAGGUUCAAUUUGUCCAGAAUCCAAUGGUUAUCUUAAAUUUCCGUCAAUUGCCGAAGCAAUCAGAUGUGAAGUGCCUUUCGAUCUCUCUAAAAGCACAAGUCCAACUCCAAGUAGCAACAAUGAAAAUGCUAACUGUAAUAACAUUGAGUUGAGAAAAGGUUUAAACAAUAAAAGUGAACCAAUUAACAAUAAUAAUAAAAGUUGCAAGUCAAUCUCAUCAUUGUCCAAUCUAAGGAUACCAAUUGGUGAACAGUCAGAUGUUCAAAUGAACAGUCAAAGGGAAAGUGGUCAAUCUGGUCGUGAAGAGCCGUUGGAUUUGAGAAUAAUCAAGAAACGAGGUUCAAUUCGUUUGGCUCAGUUGGAGAUUGAUGAGGAAGAUUCAAACAUUGAUACAGAUGAAACUGAAAGCAAUGCAAGUUUAUACCAAAAUUCAUCUCAAGUCAAUGGAAACAAAAAUAGUCCAACCUGUAAUUUACGAGAUUCAUCAUCACAAAAUGGUUCAGCAACAAGUAAUCAUCAUUAUCCAAAUAAAAAUGAAUCAAACAGAGUAAACAAUAAUCACUCAAAUAGUAGUAACAAUAGUAAUAAUAAUCAACAAAAUCAUCAUCAUUCUAAUCAUCAUGUUAACCAUCAACAGCAACAACAGCAACAACGUCAAAAUGUCCAAGCAAACCAGGAGAAUCUUGAAAAUUAUCGUUCAACAGGAGAAAUUAAAAUUGACGAGUCACCUUCACCAAUAGGAUUUUUACCUCAUCUCAAUGGUUCAAAUGAAAUGAACAGCAAUAGUUUUACUCGUCCAUUAUCACCCAAUACCGGUGGACGAAGUCACUUUCCACUCUCAUAUCCACGACCUUUUCAUCCAUUGCUUCUCGAGUCAAUGUAUCGCCUUCAAGCAGAAAAUUUAUCCGCUGUUGCUAAACCACUACCUCUAUCGACACCCGCAUUUCCCUCACUGUUUCCCGAUUCAACUCGAUUCUUACCUUCUUACCCAUCUCGUUAUCAACCACCUUUACUUAAUCCUCUUUUGGGUUCACCUUUAUCGGCCACCUUUAAUGAUCUAAUGAGACAUCAUAUGCAAAACAAGUUGACUUCAAGUCCAACAUCUGGAUCAAGUGGUGAAAGGUCCAAACUGUCAAACAAUUCAAGUUCAAAUGGUAAAGGAGAUAAAGAUCAUCACCAUCACCAUCAUCAUCAUCAUUCACACCGAGAUCACACCAGAGACAGGGAGAAGGAUAAGGAUAAGGAAAGGGUAAACAGUGAUGCCGUUCAUGAAGAUGGAAAUACUGUUCUUAAUGAGUUAAUGUCUUCGUCUUUGAGUGAAUCCAAUCAACUGAGCACACCUCCUUCAAUAAAAUCAAAGGAACGCUAUACUUGUAAAUAUUGUGGUAAAAACUUUCCUCGAUCAGCCAAUUUAACGCGACAUGUUCGCACUCACACAGGUGAACAGCCAUACAAAUGCAAAUACUGUGAAAGAUCCUUUUCAAUAUCGUCUAACCUUCAACGGCAUGUAAGAAACAUUCACAACAAGGAGAAACCCUUUAAAUGUCCUUUGUGUGAUCGAUGUUUUGGACAACAAACCAACUUGGAUCGUCAUCUAAAGAAACACGAAUCUGAUGGUCCAAACAUUUUGGAUGAUCGAUCACCUCGCAGCUCGUAUGGCGAUGCAACACCAAACCAUCAUUACUCACCUUUGACCAAUGAUUAUGAUAAAGAAGGGCAUUUCAAUGAAAUACGAUCAUUUAUGGGUAAAGUGACUGAUUUGAGUAAACCUUUGCUUCAUGGCAUUGAAUUGGGCAACCUGACAAGUGGUUCAAUGGCUCGAGACUUUACUUCUCAUGCAAAUCUAAAUAGUUUAGUUGCUCUUGAACACAAUAAACGGGAAUUGUAUUCGCCCAUGAAUGGUACCAAUGAUGAGAUUGGCGGUGAUGAGACUGCCAAUGAAGAUGACUUCUCUGAUCAAGAAGAUGCAAUUAAAGUUAAAAAGUCUAGACUCAAUUCAGAUUCCUCUUUAAAUGAUAUGGAUGACGAUAUUGGAUCGACUGUUGAUUCAGAAGGAGAUCGAUCUGAUUCCGAGACUCCGUCAAUUCUUUCAAACAAUUUAACCAAAAGAACUUCAAAUUCAUCAUUAAAUAUCAAUUCAAACAACAAAGCAAGUCGAGGUAAUUCAAAUAGUCCAUCACCCAUUCGUCCAGUUCGCAAUGACAUUCGAUCAGUAGUUGCCUGUUUGUCCAAAAAGGCUGAAGCAAAGUUAAAAAUGAAUGGACAAGAAAAUGGUAAAUCAAUUGACUGUUCAUCACCAGCAACAACCAAAAGUUAAUUUUCACUUUAAUCUAAUAACGCCUGUUGAUCAACUCACAAUCAAGUCAUGUACAAAACAAUCAAAUUGUAAACUCACUUCUUUUGUAAUAACUUUAUCCUCUUCACUCUCAAAUUGCAAUUCAAUUAAUUUAAAAUGUAAAUUGUCUAUCGACUAAUUCAAGUCAAACAAGAUCUCAGUUUGGGUUUGUUGAUGUAAUUUACAAAUUAUUACAGAUAAUUGUCAUCGGUUAAGAGUUGGAAUCCGCUUGAAGACCACUUUGAUGACCACGGACGAAAAUUGGACAUUUUCAGUUUAUUCAUUGAAACAUUCAUCAUCGUCACCUCAUCUUCAAACAACUGCACAAG